AUGACGUUGUGGCUUGCUAGUAUUUUCCGCUUUCGCGUUGGUUCGACGUCGUACUGGUGAAAGGAAUGUUGGAGUGCCGAAAGCACCGAAGGCCAAUGUUUUCUGUUGUUUUAUGGGCAUUUUCCUCGGAGUCCCUGAAAGUUAUAAAAGCUCGGGCUUUUCGACGUACUUUUCUUCAGUCACUCAGCUCACAAGUUCUUUGACUACUAACUCGUCUCUCGAGCUUCUCAAGUAUCUUUACUCUGUAACAAUGUUGUUCACCAAGUUCGCCUCCUUCGUCUCGCUUGCACUCCUUGCGGCUGCCACACCCAUGCCCAACGGGGGCUCUCCGACGAAGAUUCCUCCGACUACGACGGUCACUGUCACCGCGACGGCGACGGCGACUGAGCCUGCUAGUCAGUGCAACACCGGUCCGAUUCAGUGCUGCAAUACCGUCACGACGGCGGGCGAUUCUGCAGCGGCGGGUAUACUUGGCCUGCUUGGCAUCGUCGUCCAGGACCUUGACGUUCUUGUCGGUCUGACUUGCACCCCGAUUACUGUUAUUGGUACUGGCGGCACCUCGUGCAAUGCGCACCCCGUCUGCUGCGAGGAUAACAGUCAUGGUGAUCUCAUCUCUAUCGGCUGCGUUCCCGUCGAUAUCAGCCUCUAAUGCCGAUGAUAAGUCACGUCAAUAUAAGGAGGACAUCACUAUGGAGAGCUGCCUUUACUUCGGUUAGGAU